GAAAGUUCGAGGCGAACCUGCUUAAGAUUGAUAGUGAGGAAAUCUAUAGGUGCGUAGAAUCCAACCCUCCUAUUUACUCCGAUACUCCUACCACUAAACUUUCAUCCACGAUUAACGAUCAAUAGUACAAUCACAACACAUCACAAUUUGAGAGAAAACAUUCGCACAUCUGAGUAGAAAAAGCACAUCUUUAUUUACAACUUAAAACUUCACAAGACCUCGCAAAGACCUGGGAGCUGCGAAACAAUUGCUCCCCGUGUAGCGCAAUCUUUGCAACACAUUUCUUCAGUUUGUUACUUUACUUUACAACUCUACAAGUACUAGAAGUAUUUGUGCCACCUCAUAUUAUUGUUCACGUCGAAAAACUAAAACUAAAAACACCAUAUCAUUAUAUCACCACAAAUCCCAAAAUCACCAAAAAAUAAACCAAAAAAAAAUAGGGACGUCGAGGGCAUUGUAUCUUCGGUAGGAGUUUUUUUCGAAAAAGUAUAGUCGAGUUUUCACUUGUCCCAAAGUUGAAACCCGUUUACUAUAGAAAAGCGUGUGAAGAAACCUGUAGUCACUAAUAUUCUUCGAGCACAACUAUUGAUUAUGCUACCAUUCGCUUCACUCACUGAAUUCUCGAGAGGACCAUUUUUUUAAACACCAUAUCAUUAUUUCAAACUUUUUUAAGUACCCCUUAAUUACAGUUUGCUUUUUUCAUAUGAAAUAGAAAUUGUAUCUCAAAGCAUAUUACUUUUUCUAGCAGUUGUACCGUAUCUAUUAUUUCCAUUUACGUAGAGCAUAAUUUUGCACAUAGUAAGCAUCUUCUGCCGCCUUUUGCGGCUU